AUGUCUCACUGGAGGCUCAGGUUCCCCGCUGACACUUUACACAGGGCUGGACUGGGGUCCCUGUUGCUUCUGCUGCUGCUGCUUCUGGUGUCAGGGUCUUGCACCGAAACUGUCAAUUUCCUCACCUUUGAGGAAGAAGCCCUCGGCACCUUCAUCGGUGUUCUGUCUGACCACAUCCUGUUUAAUUCCCAGCGCGAGGUGCCAGGCCAGUUCCACCUUAUAAAGAUCAACAGCUCGCUGGUCCAGGUGCAAGAGGGUGACGUCCUCAGAGAUGCGGGCCUGGACCUCGAGCGGCUGUGCGGCCAGGCCUUCAAAGUGGUACGCUUUUGGCAGAAGUUCCGGCUGGUGCACGUGGAGGUGGAGGUGAGGGACGUCAACCACCACGAGCCACGCUUUUCCCGGGCCCAGAUCCCGGAGGAGGUGUCUGAGGGCGCGACCGUGGGCACGCGCAUUCCCCUGGAGGUGCCCAUAGACGAGGACGUGGAGGCCAAUGGGCUGCAGAGCGUUGCCUGGCCGCACAGCCCCUUCCGCGUGGAGCUGCAGACGCGCGCGGACGGUGCCCAGUGCUCCGACCUGGUGCUGCUGCAGGAGCUGGGCCACGAGAGCCAGGCCGCCUACAACCUGGAGCUGGUGGCCCAGGCCGGAGGCCGCCCACCGCGCUCCGCCACGGCCGCCCUCAGUGUGCGCGUGCUGGACGUGAACGACCACAGCCCGGCCUUCCCGCAGGGCGCCGUCGCCGCGGUGGAGCUGGCGGAGGACGCACCCGUGGGCUCGCUACUGCUCGACCUGGACGCGGCGGACCCCAACGAGGGCCCCAACGGCGACGUGGUGUUCGCCUUCGGCUCCCGUACCCCGCCCGAGGCGCGUCGCCUCUUCCGCCUCGACCGGCGCUUGGGCCGCCUCACCCUGGCCGGGCCCGUGGACUACGAGCGCCAGGACACUUACGAACUGGACGUGCGGGCGCAGGACCGCGGCCCCGGGCCCCGCGCCGCCACCUGCAAGGUCAUCGUGCGCAUCCGCGACGUCAAUGACAACGCGCCGGACAUCGCCAUCACCCCGCUGGCCGCCCCGGGCGCGCCUGUCGCCUCGCCCUUCGCCGCCGCCGCCGCUGCUCUCGGGGGUGCGGACGCGACCUCGUCGACCGGGCCCGGGACGCCAGAGGCCGGAGCCAUCUCUCUGGUGCCAGAGGGGGCGGCACGCGAGAGCCUGGUGGCGCUGGUCAGCACCUCGGACAGGGACUCGGGAGCCAACGGGCAGGUGCGCUGCGCCCUCUAUGGGCACGAGCACUUCCGACUGCAGCCGGCCUACGCGGGCAGCUACCUGGUGGUGACCGCGGGGUCGCUGGACCGCGAGCGCAUCGCCGAGUACAACCUGACCCUGGUGGCCGAGGACCGCGGCGCGCCCCCGCUGCGCACCGUACGGCCCUACCUGGUGCGGGUGAGCGACGAGAACGACAACGAGCCGCUCUUCACGCGGCCGGUCUACGAGGUGUCGGUGAGUGAGAACAACCUGCCCGGGGCCUACUUGGCCUCGGUGGCCGCCAGGGACCCGGACCUGGGCCGCAACGGCCAGGUCACCUACCGGCUGCUGGAGGCCGUGUCCACCUACGUCUCAUUGGACCCCGUCACUGGGGAGCUGCACGCACGACAGUGCUUUGACCGCGAGAAACUGGCUGAGCUGCGGCUGGGGCUGGAGGCGCUCGACGGCGGCUCUCGGCCGCUCCGGGGCCGGGCCGUGAUGCGGCUGCAUGUGGAGGACCAGAACGACCACGCGCCUCGGCUGGUGACCCCGCCGCUCGUCAGUGACUCAGCCCAGGCCCCUCGGCCCCGGGACGCGCCCCUGGGCUACCUGCUGACCCGACUGCAGGCUAGGGACACGGACAAAGACCUCAACGCGGAGCUGACUUACAUUCUCCGCAGCGACUGCGGCCCCGGGGCGCUAGCGCUACACCCGGCCACGGGUGAGCUGUCCCUGCAGUGCCGCCUGUCCCCGCAGCCCGCCGACCCGCUGACGGCGGCCAUCAUGGUGCCGGCCGGAGGCCGGCCGGCCCGGUAG